AGAAUUAAAACUCUUGAGUUGAGAGGGGUGGUCUUGACUCGGCGAAACUGUGCAGCCGAUAGCGCACAAACGCUCAUAAAUCAUGGACACGGAUCUUUUUUUGACCGUCGACUAUAUUUAGGCCGUCAUCUGGAGUGGAAUUUCAUCUUUUGAGGAUUUGAUUGGUGUGUUCGCGAGCUCAAAGAUAGAGCAGAUAGAGAAACAGGGUCCAUUCCACUGGCUGUGCGCAAAGUUGGGUUACUUCGGAUGACUGCGUUGCCACAGUUGAUGUCAGAUUGUUAUUACGCGCAUUUAAAUUAAGUGUUGUCAUUGUAAACCAGAUGCUUAAAAACAUGACGUAUAACUGGUGUUGAUAUAUGGCGUAAAAUAGUUUUGUUGGACGCAAUUUUAUUUAUUAUUUGUGCGACUGAAAACUAGUAAAACCAUGGCAGAAUCGGUCAAGACCUUUCAAGUGCACCUGACUGCUGUCAUGGACAGUUUGGUCCGCGCAUCCGUGUGCGAGAUCACCAAACUCUUCCAGGACACGGUGAACGACUACCUGGUGGAAAUCUCGUUGAACAGAAAAGAGAACGAAGCGUUGAAAUUGAGACUGAGGCUGACUGAGAAUAAGCUGAGAAACGAACGCAAAUAUGGCAUGGGCUGGGCGGCCAGUCGGCGCGCGGCUGGUCUUCUUGGCGCAGACGACACCGUGCGUAAAGCGCGCAGAACGGAUCUCCAAAGAGGCAGGCAGAGGAAGGAGUGGAGUGCUGAUGCGUGGGAGGAGGGGACUGGAGGAGUGAGAGAUGAGAGGAGGGACGUGUUCCGUGUCCAUCUGUCAACUGGAGGAGGUGGAGGUGGGGAGGAGGAGGAGGAGGAGGAGAGGAUAUGCGUCUCUGGGGAGAGGAAGGAGGUGGCUAGCAUUAAAGAGGAGGUGGAAGGCUACAGAUCAGACUCCUUGAGGCUGUUGCAAGAGGCUCUACAGAUGAACCAAAGUGAAACCAGCCCUUCCUCCCCCAGUCCCACCCACGGUGAAAUGGGCCCUGCUUCUGCUGGUCCUGAAUCUGCUGCUGGUGAAGUGUGGGAGGAGCAGCCGGCUUUGUCAGAGGCACCAGUGACCGGUGGAGAUGAGUUCAGCAGACUGGAGACGGCCCUCAAGGCGGAGCAUGAACGUGAGGAGGCGGAGUCUGGCCUGGGUAGCCCGUCUCAGGAGACAUGUGGAUCCGAAGGUGUGGCGUUCAUCGGACUUGACGGUUUAUGUAGCUCUCAGCAGGCAAUGUCGUCCUCGUCACAUAGAGCAGACCCUGCCGAACUACAAUUCCCAUCAGCCUCUGCCAACAAAGAGGAAGUGGAGGCAGGAGGAGAGAGUGGGGACAUGCUGCAUUUCUGUGCACGGUGUGGCAGCGGCUUCAAUUCCACGUCUGACCUCAUGAAGCACACGUGCCCUGCGGCCGAGGAGCGUCCCUAUCAGUGCUCCGUGUGCGGGAGAGCGUUUGGCCAUGCCUGGAGCCUUAAGAGCCAUGAAUGCAUCCAGGCGGGAGAGCAGCUGCACCACUGUGAACUCUGCGGCAAACGCUUUACACACUCGCGGUCCCUCGAGCGUCAUCAGCUGGUUCACACAGGUGAGCGGCCCCACAGGUGCCCACAGUGCGGCCGCAGCUUCAGUCGUCUCGGCAACCUGGAGAGGCACCAGCGCAUCCACACGGGUGAAAGACCGUAUGAGUGUGGGACAUGUGGGAAACGUUUCAGUCGAGUGGAAUAUCUAAAACGGCAUCAGCACACCCACAUUAGCGAUGUUAUGAUGAAACUCCCACCUCUGCAAAACUCCCACCACUGCUCUCAAUGCAACCAAACAUUCAGUGAUACUGAGCAGUUCAAGCAGCAUCAGUGUCCGUACAACACAUAAUGUUAUUCAGCAUUCUAGAGAACCUUUUAUUAGACCUUAACUAGCAAUCCACAGCACUCUGAAGACCUCGUUCUUCAUAAUUAUCUUCCUUUUUUUGUAUCUUCUAUUAGCAUUUUAUCACAUGCUUCUAGCUUUAAUGACCCAAAAACAUGAUUUCAUCACUGACUUGCACCCAAAACCUCAAAGCAAAGCACAUUUAAUCUAGUACAAUGAAAUUAAGUGAAAUUUCCUAUUUAAUGUUAUUAUUUGAAAACGGUCUACUCAUUAUUCACAAGUGAAUAUAUAUAUUUAACAUAAUAUGCACCUCAGUUUCAAUUCCAACAGCCUAUAAGCCCAGAUAACUCUAUUUCUUAUGUAAGACUUCUUUUAACAAGCUGUGAUUUUUUUUUUUUUUGUGAACUAAGACAUUUAUAGAAGCUUGUCGUUUCUUAUUAAUAACGAAUAGAAUGAUUAUUCAUGCAUUCCUCAUAUUUUUGUUCCUCUUAUAGAGCCCAAUGUGUUGUUUUUACUCAGAUCAGAAGUGAAAUAUUUGUUGUGAUGAUAAUUGCUUUUAGGUUUUGUAUCUGAAAGUGUUUUUUUUUAUAUCUUUUUUUUUCACUUUCUCUUGUUUUGUCUUCUAUUUACUCAACAAUUUCAUACUGUAUUGAAGAAUGUGGGAAAUGUUAAUAAAUCCCUUCCAAAAACA